AUGGCCUCGAAAUCCAUCAUGCAAUUUUCCACCAAAGGCGCUAUCUCAUCUCCCAGUAUUCUCAUGAUGGCCGCCUCCCCUCGACUAUGGAUUACUUCAUUUGCCUGCCAAUCGAUUCUGUCGGCACUUACAAGCACCAUCUCAUCUGGAUAUCUCAUCGUUGAUGAUGCCGAAGGCUCUCAUAUGCAUGGCUCCAAUGAGAAAGGCUGCAAUCUUGUUCACAUCAAAAUCAGAAACAACAACUUUUGGCUUCGCCUUAUGCUUGAAGCAUACAUGAUAGGCGAUAUCGAGCUACCCAACCUGAGAGCAGCAAUGAACCUAUGGCUCGAUAACCAGUCUACAAUGGAAGACACCUUGUCAUCUACUUUUAGUCACAUCACCUUGACCCUGUCAAGUUUCUACAACUCCUUCCUUGGCCAGACAAAAAGUAACACACGUCUGAACGUGAUCACAUCCUACAAUCAAUCGAAUGAGCUCUUCAAAGCUUUCCUUUCAUCUGAAAUGAUCCCGACUCCUGGUGACCUCGAAGCUGCCCAGCAGAGAAAAAUACACCAUGUCCUUUGUCAGGCUUGUCUCAAGCCAGGAUACCGUGUUCUUGAAUUCAGUUCAGGAUGGGGAGGACUCGUGAUCGAGGCUGCUAGCACAUUCGGAUGCACCAUUGAUACCCUCAUGCUUUCCAUCAAGCAGAAGAGGCUUGCUGAGGAAAGAAUCGCUGCUGCUGGUCUUUCUGAUAAAAUCCACGUCCACCUCCUUGAUUACCGGGACAUCCCAUCCGAAUGGGAAAAUGCCUUCGACGCAUUUGUCUCCGUUGAGAUGCUUGAGUACAUUGGAUCGAAACACUACUCUAACUACUUCUGA